GUCUAAACAAAGGCCAUAUAGUAUCCCAUUUCCAUGGGACUGCAUUCCCCCCCUCCAACUGAGGGUGAUAGAGUUCUGAUACCUUAUGUCGACGAUUUUAUGCUAGAAGCUUUAAAGGAGGCCAAGUACGCUUUGGACGAACAAGAGGUUCCUGUUGGUGCAGUAAUCGUAUCCCUCCCCGCGCAUCAGCAGUACUUACAACAUGUCGUAAGGGAAAGAGGUAAUUCAGCGACAUGCAAAGAAAAGCAGGUUGUGAACUUCCCUCGCGUCAUUGACACUCCGGAAGAUGGUGAAAGUGUUUCGGAUUUGGCCAUGCCCAUGCUCAACGGUGGGUGUGGUCUUGCACGGGGCCGGAAUGCCACGAAUCGUCUUCACCACGCACUUGCACAUGCCGAAUUUAUGUGUGUGGAAGAUCUUCUACGUUCACUACGGCACAGAGAUGGUAGUGUUGAGAAGGAUAGCAUUAACGAGACUGAAUUCUCUUUUGGAAAUUCAGAAAACGGUGUCACGGAUCUCUCAAAUUAUGUAUUAUAUGUGACGGUGGAGCCCUGUAUUAUGUGCGCCGCAUUCCUCCGCUAUAACCUCCUCGCAAAAGUGUUUUUUGGGUGCCGAAACGUGAGAUUUGGCGGCAACGGGUCGGUAUUGUCUCUCCAAGAGCAUAACUCUGAUUCUGCUGAUUGCAAAGGGAAGGCUAAUGGUGUGAAUGAUGGCGAGGACUGUGGGGAUAGGAACAUGACACAAAGAAUGAACUCCACAUUCCAAACGAUGGGUUAUUCUAGUGAAGGUGGGUACCGUGCGCAGGAGGCAAUUGAACUUCUACAAAAAUUCUACCUCAGGGAGAACCCAAAUGCACCAGGUAUAAAGAGAAAACGAAAGUCAUCAGCGCUUUCGCUUUAGUCCCUUUUGUAUCCGAUGUGUACCCUAUAAAAGAAAAAAGGGGGCAGCAUUGGGGAAGGUAACAACUAUUGUUGUUUUGGCGCGAUGUUAUAAAUAUUAAAAUGAAGAUAAUUGACUGCCUUGCAUAUGGUUUUCUCCGUUAAGCAAGAAAUCUUUGUAGGUUCGAAUUUUUCCUCUUUUUAUCGACAUGAAGAUAGUACCCAAAGUGAUAAAAACGUCAGCAGACACGCACUUGCAGACGCAAAGUAUUCUACGAACAAGCCAAUGGGUCUAAGCAUGCUCAUCAUAAAGGUGCUACUUGUUAUUUUCCUUCUUAACUUCUUCUUUUCCACUGUGCGGUUGUGCUGCUGUGUGGCCUUCACAGCUGUCAAUCCCAAAACCACAGGGGCCUUCCCCUUCAACAUGCGCUACAUCUCAGAAGUCAAGGAAUGCUUGCAACGGUACUAAGGCAAGGGAAAUGGUACAGAAAGAACAAGAUAAUGAUUUUCUGACAAGUGUACAAAAAGAUGGGGAAUUGUCCGAAUGCCGCAUAAGGCGGGCACGAAAUCAGACAGUAUUUCAUAUGCUGCACAUCUGGCACUCAGCUGAUGUUGUCCUUUUCAUGCAUUGCUUUGCAUGGUGUUUGAUGUUGGAGUAAUUUUUAUUGUUUCUGGUGUAAUAUCCAUUUAUUGUUGAGCUUUUGCGGUGGACAAUGCUCUCUCGUCGUCCAGUUUCGAGUAGUGUGGAGUAAUGGUUUUUUGUACAUGUUGUUUGCCCUCUUUGAUUAACCUCUCGCGUAAUACGGAUGAUGAGUUCCACGUUGAACAUUAUAUAGAUUGGUUGUUCAUAUUUGCUGCAUACUAAUUGUACGCUAUUUGUGACACAUGCUCCUUGGACAUGUAGAAUAGU